GGAAGCAGCCGAAGAGGAGGAGUAGAAGUAGCAAUCGCUGCACAGCUUUCUCUCUGCCUCUUUUAAGUACAAUAUUUUCUGUUGAGUCACAACUGAAGAUACAGCUGAAGUUUGACUGCACUUGGUGCUGGCUGGAAAAGGGAAAAAUGAAUUAUGUUGCUGAACUAAGAAAUUUCUUUUGAGGAAUCCUCCUUGAAACUGACUGGAUUCUGUGGAUUUGUGGCUUUACAUUUGUUGCCUUCUGUUUUUCACUUUGGAUAUUUAGCAGCUGUCUGCAUUUUUUAAAUGUCUUCAACUUUACACUAUUCCGUAUCCCAGGGUUGAGGUAGAACAGGAUAUUUGAGAUGCCUUUUACAAUAGCAUCUCCUUCCCAGCAACCUGUGACGGGACACCAAGAAUUAUGUGUUUAUAAUCUACAUUGUGAAAGUUCAUUGUCUGGCUAACCUGUAACAAGAUUACAAAUCCUUCCAGAUUUGCUUCUUCUGUCAGAACAUGCUGUUGUGCUUUAUAGUUUUCUAUUAAUUCAGUGAAUUUCCUUUUAAUUUAACCUUUUAUUUUUGUUUGAAGCAGUAAGCUGCUCCAUGAAAGAAUAAACCCUGGAUGUGCGUGUGCGCGUUGGGCAGUGACUGAUGUGUGCUUGUACUGCUAUAUUGUACUAUGGAGAAACACAGGUGCAGCUGCUGCUGAUGUUUGUUAGCAGUAGAUUGAAAAGGCCAGAACACGAUAUUCUUCUUCUGCACAGAAAAUCUGUUCUAAAAACUCUUGGCCAGGAAGCAAUUCAAGAAGCAAAGACUCCACUUGUAUCUGAGGGACAAAAUGAAGAGACUUCUGCAAGGCCAAGUAAAUGAGAUCUCAGUGAGUCCGAGUCACCAGCUUUCCCCAGUAGAAAUUGAAACAGACAUGUAUGUUUGUGGGAUAAAGAGGAAAUCCACAAGCACUGAAUUUUCUCCUAUUGGAGUGGGCUUUGCUCAGGACAGGAGAAAUGGUUCUGGGGAGAUGAGUGACGUCUGUGUUGGUGAGGUGGAACUUAACUGGGAUGGCUGUGUAAAAAUACCAUGCUCAGUUCAACGGAAUCAGCAAGACUUAGGAGGAAUAUCAUCUGAGGGUACUAUGCAGCCUAUUUGUCAGAGCAAGGGUGUAAUAUCUGAGGGGCAGGACCUUUCUACCCUUAGUAUUACCAUGAGUUGGAGAGAGAGCACUGAGAAUGAAAGUAAGCUUCCAGCAUACAACAGUAAUAGCCUUCCACCAAGAGACCAUUCUGCAGAUGUGAUUGAGUACAUUGUUAAAGAGUUACAGGGGAUAAGUCGCAUCCAGACAGAGAUUGCAGAACUCCGGCAACACCUUACCUUGAUAAAAGGCUCAGUGGAUGAAGUGUCCAGCUGUGUAGACACGGUCUUGAGUGAGAUAGAAGGCUUACAGAGCGGUUCCACUGCCAAAACCUCUCACGUCGCACACACCAGGGAGGCAUACAGAGCUGUACGCAAGGAAGAACCAGUGUUAUACUUUUAUGGUAUCCCAGAACAAGAUGGUGAAAACACUAUGGAGCUCAUUUGCAGCUUUUUGUCUGAGUACUACUGCUUGAAUGGUAUCCAGUGUAGUAAGUACAUAAAAGAUGCUUAUAGGUCAAACGCAACUCCAGGCAAACCGUUAGUACCAAGACCAGCAAUUGUGAAACUUGCAAACCCUGAACAAAGAGAUUUCAUUUUACAAAAGUCUAUUCUCAUGCAAAGCACGGGGGUCAGGAUUGUUGCUAGCGAAGAGGAAAACCAACAGACUGGCCAAAGGGGCUGCCGAGCAGAUCCACUCUCAUUACUGCAGCCUGGCCUCAAGAAAAAUCACUGGAGUUCUCUGAACUGUGAUGAAGAGGCUCAAAGAACUGGUGGUGAUGCGCACCUUCAAACUGAAUCUUACCAGGUUAGGUACAAAAACACAAGUAGAAAAACACAGUGUCUAGGGGAGAGAGUUGGUUUUACACACAAGUCAACCUUAGCUAAGAAAAGUAACUUGAUCUCUGAACUCGAGAUAAAAAUGGGGCAAGUAUCGCAAAUUAUGAACAACUGUAAUGAGCAAACUUCAAAAAAGAGUGACUCUCCUCUGCCUGUUCUCCAUGUUUCCCACACACCUCAGCAAACUCUUCAGGUGACCCGUUUGCCCAAAACAGAUGAAGGAAAUUCCUGCCACUCCCCAGAGACCUCAGAUCACACCAGCCAUAUACAUGCUUUAUGUGAUGGAAGAGAACUUGGGCUUGACGCUGAAAAUGUGACUAAGAACUGCUCUUCCCCUUUAGAGGAGGACAAAGCUGAGGGAAUAACUACAGGAGAAAAUGAAAUGGACUGUAACACCAUGCUUGAGUUCCUCAGUACAGAGCAAAUAAAUCUUCUCUUGGAAGAUCAGUCUACGGGUGCUACAACUGUAAGCAGUGUUCACACAGCAGAUAAACUAGCUGAUAGUAGUGAUACGCUGAAAGAUAUGGUCCAGAUAGAUCUGAAUGACCAAGAUCAAACUGACCAGGUCUUUAGGGAUGUGUUAGAAAAUUCCCAGUAUUUUCUUGACCAUUCCCAGGAUAACAUUGAUCUUGUGGACAUGAAGUUUUAUACUAACAAACUUGGGAAAGCUAUUCAUCAUUUUAGAUCAGCUCUACAGCUGGUGUUUCACAAGCUGGAGACCAGUGACUCUGAAGUCCUCCUGGAAAAUGAUGCCAGCUUCCAAAUGGAACAUGAUGGUAGACUUGCGCUGAGUGGUGUAGGUGUCUGUGGUAGCUCUGAUAACUUUACAGAAAGCCCCCCCAGUCAGUCUUCUGAGAGCCAGGCCAACACAUCUGCCAACAGUGAAGCUGUAGUUCAAAUGCAAUUUGUUCCUUCCAGGCUUCCACCUGUCCCUCAUGAGUCUCCUGUCCCUAGUCUGGUGUUGAGUUCUGACUCGGAGAUUUAUGCUGGACAGUCCCUACCUUCUGCUGAGAUGGUGACAGAUGCUAGCUCUCUAACUGAGCAAACAAAGGAGUACAGACCCGUGAGCCUUGAAAAGGUGUGUGCAGAGACUAUCUACCUGAACAAGUGCAUCAACAACUUCAAAAAUGUGCUAAGGGAAAAAAGACAAGUGCGUAGGAGACUUUUAAAGGACCUCGCACAGGAAGCAAGCUUGAUUUCGACCGAUGAAAUGAAUUCAGAAGGAAGUAGAGGAGAACUUCAGGGUCAAGAUGAUGGAGAUCCAUCAAAACCACCUUGGUUCAAAGAAGGGCCUGCAGGUGGUCUCUAUGGCAUUGACAGCAUGCCUGAUCUACGUAAAAAGAAACCAAUUCCACUUGUCAGUGAUUUGUCAUUGGCUCAAUCCAGGAAGGCUGGAAUUACCUCAGCAAUGGCCACUAGAACUUCUCUUAAGGAUGAAGAGCUGAAAUCUCAUGUAUAUAAGAAGACCCUGCAAGCCUUAAUUUACCCUAUCUCCUGCACAACCCCUCACAAUUUUGAGGUGUGGACAGCUACGACCCCUACAUAUUGCUACGAGUGUGAAGGGCUCCUAUGGGGCAUUGCACGGCAGGGUAUGCGCUGCACUGAAUGUGGGGUCAAAUGUCACGAGAAGUGCCAAGACCUGCUCAAUGCUGAUUGCUUACAGAGAGCAGCAGAGAAGAGCUCUAAACAUGGAGCAGAGGAUCGGACCCAAAACAUCAUCAUGGCCAUGAAGGAUCGCAUGAAGAUUCGGGAACGGAACAAGCCAGAAAUUUUUGACUUGAUCAGAGAUGUUUUUAGUGAGAACAAAUUAACACAUGCUCAGCAAAUGAAAACAGUGAAACAGAGCGUGCUUGAUGGCACUUCCAAAUGGUCAGCUAAAAUCACUAUCACCGUGGUUUGUGCUCAGGGUCUGCAGGCCAAGGACAAAACUGGAUCCAGUGAUCCAUAUGUGACGGUUCAAGUUGGCAAAACAAAGAAGAGAACUAAAACAAUUUUUGGGAAUCUGAACCCUGUUUGGGAGGAGAAAUUCCACUUUGAGUGCCAUAACUCCUCGGAUCGGAUCAAAGUGCGUGUCUGGGAUGAGGAUGACGACAUUAAGUCUCGUGUCAAGCAGAGGCUGAAACGUGAGUCGGACGAUUUUUUGGGGCAGACCAUCAUCGAAGUCCGCACAUUGAGUGGAGAGAUGGAUGUAUGGUACAAUCUUGAGAAAAGAACCGAUAAAUCUGCUGUAUCUGGUGCUAUACGCUUGCAAAUCAAUGUGGAAAUAAAAGGAGAAGAGAAGGUGGCUCCGUAUCACAUUCAGUACACAUGCCUUCAUGAAAACCUCUUCCACUAUCUCACAGACAUUCAAGGGAACGGGGUGGUGAAGAUCCCUGAUGCCAAAGGAGAUGAUGCCUGGAAGGUGUAUUUUGAUGAGACAGCCCAAGAGAUCGUGGAUGAAUUUGCAAUGCGUUAUGGUAUAGAAACAAUAUACCAGGCUAUGACGCACUUUGCAUGUCUGUCCUCCAAGUACAUGUGUCCAGGAGUGCCAGCUGUGAUGAGCACCUUACUGGCCAACAUCAAUGCCUACUACGCACACACGACUGCAUCUACAAACGUGUCUGCUUCUGACCGCUUUGCCGCCUCAAACUUUGGGAAAGAAAGGUUUGUUAAACUGCUGGACCAGCUGCACAAUUCACUCCGUAUCGACCUCUCCAUGUAUAGGAACAAUUUCCCAGCCAGCAGCCCUGAGCGGUUACAGGACUUGAAAUCCACAGUGGACUUGCUGACCAGCAUCACGUUUUUCAGAAUGAAGGUUCAAGAGCUACAGAGCCCACCUCGAGCCAGCCAAGUAGUAAAGGACUGCGUGAAGGCCUGUCUCAACUCAACCUAUGAAUACAUCUUCAACAAUUGCCAUGAACUGUAUAGUCGCGAGUACCAGACAGAUCCCAACAAAAAUCAGGACCUUCCUCCUGAGGAACAAGGCCCCAGCAUCAGGAACCUGGAUUUCUGGCCUAAACUCAUCACUCUCAUAGUUUCCAUUAUAGAAGAAGAUAAAAAUUCAUAUACCCCUGUCCUGAACCAGUUUCCUCAGGAGCUCACUGUUGGGAAGGUCAGUGCUGAAGUCAUGUGGAGCCUUUUUGCCCAGGAUAUGAAAUAUGCCAUGGAAGAUCAUGAGAAGCACAGACUAUGUAAAAGUGCAGACUAUAUGAAUUUGCACUUCAAAGUGAAAUGGCUGUACAAUGAGUAUGUUCGCAAUCUGCCUGCCUUCAAGGGGAAAGUGCCCGACUAUCCAGCAUGGUUUGAGCAGUUUGUGAUGCAGUGGCUGGAUGAGAAUGAAGAUGUUUCCCUGGAAUUCCUGCAUGGAGCCCUGGAAAGAGAUAAGAAAGAUGGGUUCCAGCAAACAUCUGAGCAUGCUCUAUUCUCCUGCUCGGUGGUGGAUGUCUUCACACAGCUCAAUCAGAGCUUUGAGAUCAUUAAGAAGCUGGAGUGUCCAGACCCUAUGAUUGUAGCUCACUAUAUGAGGAGGUUUGCUAAGACAAUUGGGAAAGUGCUGAUGCAGUAUGCUGACAUUCUCUCCAAGUGCUUCCAGUCCUACUGCUCCAAGGAGAAACUACCCUGCAUCCUGAUGAACAACAUUCAGCAGCUGAGAGUGCAGCUUGAGAAGAUGUUUGAGGCCAUGGGUGCUAAGGAGCUGGACCCAGAAGCAAGUGACAAUCUCAAAGAGCUUCAGGUGAAACUGAACAAUGUUUUGGAUGAACUCAGUGUUGUGUUUGGUAACAGCUUUCAGAGCCGUAUUGAUGAGUGUGUCAAGCAGAUGUCAGAUAUACUCUGUCAAGUAAAAGGGACCGGAAAUAUCCCUGCAAAUGCCAGGACCACGGUGGCGCAAGAUGCGGAUAAUGUCCUGAGGCCAUUAAUGGACUUCCUGGAUGGAAACCUGACGCUCUUUGCCACGGUAUGCGAAAAGACGGUGUUGAAGAGGGUGCUGAAAGAGCUGUGGAGGGUGGUGAUGAACACCAUGGAGAAGCUGAUCGUGCUUCCUCCACUCACAGACCACACGGGUACGCAGUUGAUUUUCAGUGCUGCUAAGGAACUGGGACACUUGUCAAAGUUGAAGGAUCACAUGGUGAGGGAAGAAACUAGAAGUCUCACUCCAAAGCAGUGUGCGGUUCUGGACCUGGCUCUGGAUACUAUCAAACAAUAUUUCCAUGCUGGUGGGAAUGGCCUAAAGAAAACCUUCUUGGAGAAGAGCCCAGACCUGCAGUCGCUCCGCUAUGCGCUGUCCCUCUACACUCAGACCACGGACACUCUCAUCAAAACCUUUGUCCAGACACAGACAGCUCAGGUGCAUGAUGGGAAAGGUAUUAGGUUUACCGCUAAUGAGGACGUUCUUCCUGAUAAGGGUUCUGGUGUGGAUGAUCCCGUGGGUGAAGUGUCCAUACAGAUCGACCUGUAUACGCACCCAGGAACUGGUGAACACAAGGUCACAGUGAAAGUUGUGGCAGCCAAUGACCUGAAAUGGCAAACAUCCGGCAUGUUCCGCCCGUUUGUUGAAGUCACUAUGAUUGGACCUCAUCAAAGUGACAAGAAAAGAAAGUUCACAACCAAAUCAAAGAGCAACAACUGGGCACCCAAAUACAACGAAACCUUUCACUUCAUAUUGGGGAAUGAAGACGGCCCGGAUGCCUAUGAGCUCCAAGUCUGUGUGAAGGAUUACUGCUUUGCUCGGGAAGAUCGGGUCCUGGGGAUAGCUGUGAUGCAGCUCCGAGAUAUAGCGGACAAAGGAAGCUGUGCUUGCUGGUGCCCACUAGGGCGUAGGAUUCACAUGGACGAGACGGGGCUCACGGUCCUGAGGAUUCUUUCUCAACGAACCAAUGAUGAAGUGGCCAGAGAGUUUGUAAAGUUGAAAUCUGAGUCCCGCUCCACGGAAGAAGGCACCUGAACUGAGCUCUGAACAUUCCCCCUCUCGUUUUCCUUGUGCCAAUAUGUGCAAGUGUUCAACCAUUUUCUUUUCUUAAUUACAAAAAGUUUUUCAGUUAGUCUGUGUUCGCUCCAAUAGUGCACGGGGCGUGCAGGAAACAAGUCCACCAAUCUGAUGUGAAUUAUUUAUUUUUAGUGGCUGGGUAAGGCAUCCUAGAGAACGAGACACACACUUUUUAGUUCAGAUGCAAAUUGUGCUUUGUACAAAAUGGUUGUCCGUCUGGGCUGGGCACGCUGGGUGGUGUGGAGAUGGAGCGCUGUGAUUUGAUCCUCUGGAAUUGGCAGACAUGAAAUGUCUGCAGAAUCAAGCUAUGAAAGAAACCACUCAAAUGUGCUGGGAGGAGAACGCUGCUUUUGGCUGCUGGGAAAGCGCGGUUGUGCCCCUUACUGCUAAAGGAGGUUCUUGUGUCGAGAGUGCCAGUACAUUCCCACGUGACACGCGGGCACCUCAGCGUCAACUUCAGAAACGCGGCUUGUUUUUUAGACGCUGCAGCUAGAGUGAAGUCUGACCAAGAUGGUGCUGUCAUGAGCAGAGUCAGCACAAGCCAGUCAAGAUCCCGGGUGCCCAAGCCUUUGCCCAACUGAGAGCUGCAGAGACAGCUAACCAGGAGCAGACCACCGCUGAGCACGCUGUCACUAGUUGGUGCAGCCGAAUCGCUGUGAACUGAGGGCUCUUGCAGGCUGCUAGAUUCCACGAGCCAUACUCUGAGCACCUCUGUCCCAUGGAGCAAGCACUGUGGUGACGACACAUUCAAUGGCUGCUCUGUUGUGUUUAACUUCAGCACUGUACUAUUAUUAGGUUUUUGACAUGUAGCAAACACGGGGGGUGGAUUUGAAUUGGUGGUUCAAUAUUUACAAGAUUUCAACUGCAUUUGUUUCCAUGGAGUAGCUGAGGAUUCCUUGCUAUGUACCCUGAUGCAAUGGCCUGUCUGGGGCAGAUACAGCAUGUGCUCAUCAGAAAGAACUCUGUCCAUUCACACAGGCUGGGUGGGGAGGGAUCUCUCUUGAUCAUGAGCUUGCUGUUGGCCAUGCAGAGGAUGGUUUGCAUAAGUAUGACUGUCCGUCAUUCUGUGAAUUCAUGUCACCAUGGGAAAUAUUUUUGCACUAGAUAAAAGGCGUGUCCAAUUUGUUUCUUGUAAAAGGAGAAGUCCUGAGCAAAGAUGAUUACUGCAUUGCCUUUUAACAUAUUUCUUAGGUAGGGAGACAAAGAUUAGGGUUUGUAUUUGAGACUUCUUUUCAUUCCUGUUUGCAGCCAAGUGAGCACUGUCACACUCUGAAAACGGAAGGUGGAACAAGCCAGUCCUGGCACAUAAUGUACUGUAACACUGUCAAUAAAGUCAAGGACUGCAUAUUCGGUGAUUUCUUUUGUAUUUUAUUUUCUAUUUUUCUCGGACAUUUGUACAGCUGUAUGAUAUGAAUCUUGUACUUCACAGGCCUGCUUGUAGAGUUCUCAGAGACUGCAUAUCUGCUUUGUUAUUGUCUAUAGAUGUACUAUAAUAAUGAUCUUCAAAACUCCAAGCUAUUGUUAUGAUUUUUAAUCAUUGUCUGUGCCAUUGUUUUAGGAAAUGAUAGUACAGUCUUUAAUAAAUUAUCGUUUAGCAGCGGUCA